UACGCCCGUCUGCUAGGCGCUAGCCGCUCCGUUGCCUUUCUCUGGAGUCCUCUCAAGUCUGAGGAGCGGCGGCGUCGUCAUCGUCGCGUCAGUUCCGAUUCCAAUCCGAACCCCGGCCAUGUCGCCGCCGGCCAGUCUCCCGCCGCCGGCCCCCGCCGGCACGCCCCUCGCCGACCUCCUCGAGUCCGCCACCUUCGCGCCCCCCGCGCCGGCGCCCCCGCCUCCCACCCCCGCCGCCAUCCUCUCCGCGUGGUCGCACCUCCGCAGCGCCGCUCCCUCCCCCGCGGCCGCCCUCGCCGCCCUCGAGACCCUCCACCUCCACCGCCGCUCGCUCCGUCUCAGCUCCGCGCACCUCGAGCUGCUCCUGCCGCUCCUCCCGCUCCACCCCCGCCUCGUCUCCCCGCUGCUCGCCACCUGCCCGCGUCUCCUCCCCAACUAUUCGCUCCCCUUUGCCUCCCUCCCCCUCGCCCCUCGGCUCCUCCUCCUGGGCGCGCUCGCCACCGCCAAGACCUCCAAGAAUUCCACCAGCAAUGGCAGCUCAGGGAGCCCCAGCACGGGGAAUCUCGGGAGUGACCACGGCGGCGACGACCCCGUUGUGGCUGUGAGUCGCAUUCUAGAGAAUAUGGAGCAGACCAGUGAGACCAGCGAUGGUAUUGACCACCUUGCGCUUGCUGGGAUUGGCCAUGCCCUGGCAUGUGCAGAUGAGCUGCACUUUGGGAGGAUCCUUGUGUCCCUGGUUAGGAUUUGCGGCAGGAUCGGGGAUGUAGGUGUUGCUGUCAGGGUGCUUAAGCUGGUGGAUUGGCUGGUGUCGGGGUUCGUCGAGUCGAGGAGGAUGCGCAAGGUUCAGGUUCUGUUCGAGGUAAUUUCGCCGGAGAAGUGUGAGAGUGAGGGUUAUGUGCUGUUUCCGGCGGUGAUGGCGGCUUGCGGUGGACUACGGGCAUUGAGGGUUGCUUCGGUGAGACAUCGGUUGGACUUUGCUCCAAGGUUGAAGGAGGCUCCUGAACGGACCAUUCGUUUUGCAGCUCGGAGGGCAGCUGUAGAAGGGAGGCCUGACGAUGAUCAGCGCCAUGUCCUUCUUCAGUGUGUUGCAUUAGGUUUGACACAGUGUGGGCCGGUAGCAUCUAAUGAUUCAGUGUUACGGUGUGUUCUUAUGGCACUGCUGGAGGAGCUCCUUCCUCUUCCGCGCCUGCUUAGGAUCUCAGUUAAGAGUCCAGAUGAAAAUUCAGCUGAGCUUGCAAAGAAUCAGGUCAUGCAGCACCAGGAUAGUGUCCUUUUCAAAGAAGCAGGGCCAGUGACUGGGGUUCUGUGCAAUCAGUAUUCAUUUGCUGAUGAGAAGACUAAAGAUUAUGUGGAAACUCGUGUAUGUGAAUAUGCGCAAGAGUUGUAUCAUCAUCUUCGUGCAGCAGUGUUGCUGCACCAGGCGAAACGGAAUGGUUUGCUUGCUGAGAUUGAUAAGAUCGCUGAGGCGGCAUUUUUUAUGAUUGUAAGCUUUGCGGCAGAGGUUGCGAAACACAGGUUGGAUGCAAACUCCUCAGGGGGGUUCCAGCCAGAGGUUGCUGUUAGGAUCUUGGUGGAAUUCUCUUGUGUGGAACAUCUGAGACGUUUGCGUCUUCCUGAGUACACUGAAGCAAUCCGGCGUGCUGUUGUUGUCAAUCAGGAUAAUGCGGCAGCCAGUGCUUUAUUCGUUGAGUCAAUGCCUUCAUGUGCUGAAUUGACAACCAAACCAGAUUUACUAACCGGAACAAGAUAUAUCUGUUACACGGAUGAGGUCCAGACGUCACGCAUAUUGUUUUAUCUGCGGGUUAUGCCUACUUGUAUUAACCUCAUUCCAACUCAUCUAAUUCGGGAUAAAUUAUCUCCGGUCAUAUUUUUAUACAUACAACACUCGAAUGAAAAAAUAACACGUGCAGUACACUCGGUGAUGGUAUCAUUCCUGUCAUCUGGCAAUGAUACUGAUCAGGAUGAUCGAGUGGCUUUGAAAGAGCAACUUGCCUUUGAUUAUAUUAGGAGAUCUUUGGAGGCUUAUCCUGGGGUAACUCCAUUUGAUGGAUUAGCGUCAGGAGUUGCUGCACUUGUUCGGCACCUUCCUGCAAAGAGCCCUGCCAUUCUUUUUUGUAUCCAUAGCCUUGUUGUGAAAGCUAAAGAUCUUUGCAGUACUGCAAUGAUACAGGACAGAUCAUUAUGGAGGUCAUGGGAAGAAAGCACAGAGCCCUGUAAGAAAAUAUUGGACUUGUUGCUGCGGCUCAUCUUCCUUGCCGAUAUUCAGUCAUUCUCUUAUCUGCUCAAGGAGCUGGCGGAAUUUGUCACCUCGUUGCCAAAGGAAGGCCAGGAUGUGCUCCUCGAUGACAUGCACGCCCAUGUUGCGGAAUCCGAUGAUGUUGUACGGAAGCCUGUGCUCGUAUCGUGGUUGCAGUCCCUAUCCUACAUAAGCUCACAAGCUGAUGUUCGUGAAUCUCGCAAUAACGCGAAAAAUGCUCGUUCUGCGGGUGGGGUUGAGCUGAGCCUGAACAGAACUAUUGCACGCUUGUAACACUAUCUUGCUCAUGCUUGUCAAGCUUGAUCAUGUUGUACAUUAACAGUGCAUAGAAUAGAAUGAGAUAGAUGCAUGUUGCAAGUAUAGUACUGCAUUUUCAUCUUGUCAUUAUGUCUGUACAUAUUUGCUUAUCUGAUUCAACAGUUUGAGACAAGUGUUACAAUGACAAUAUGAGAGAUUUAAUGAUUCA